AAACAUUAAUUUCAGUUAUUUUUUAUUUUGAAAUGAGUAAAGAAUCAGUUUUAAUGUAGUUUUUGACCUAUUUAAUUUUUAAUUUAAUUUUAAUGUAGAAUAGUUUAAAAUGUGAAAUUACAAGUUUAAGCAUGUAAUUUAGAAUAUUUUAUUCUAAAUUUGUACUAUAAUUAUAAAAUGAAUCCAAUAUGGAGAAAUUCCUCUAUUUCAAUCAUUUACAUUCUCUAUAUUUCAAUUUCAACCUCCUGUGUAAGGUUAGACACACAUUACACAGGAAAACUCAAUUUUAUACUACAUAAAAACAGGAAUUCAAACUCUUUUAAGACCGGAAUUGAUGAGUACUACGACACUAACAGCAAAAUUGGUGGUUUUAACCCAUAUUUUCUCAAUUCUAACCCCUCAGGGUUUCUUAAUAUACUAGGUACUUUAACGGAUAGUUUGACUAAAAAGCCGGAUUCUACACAAAAUUUGAGUUCUCCACUUGAUAGAAAAUGGUUAUUUGAUAUAAAUAAAAAAGGAGCUCGAUCUUUAAAGCCUCCAAUUAAGCAAGUAGUAGAGUCCAUUAUACCAGAUAUAUACACAGUGUUCAAAGCCAGGGAACAUUUUGGAUCCGGGCCCCUACCAAGUCUUCUUUCCUGCAGUGGCGGAGUGGACUCAAUGUCUUUAUUACACUCAUUUGGGAUCAUAAAGAUUAUGUAUGAGGAGUUAAUAAACGAUAUUAUAACUGUUUUUAACAGUAAAAUGAAUAGCGUACCCUUCAAAAUCAUAUCUGAGACCAGUAAAGUGGAUUAUAAAACUAAGAAAGCAGAGCUGAUGAAGUUUUUAAAGGAAUUUUACGAUAAUUUUAAAGUUGUUUACUUUAACCAUAAACAGAGAGAAGACAUUGACAAAGAUAUCCAGGUCAUCAGAGCUGCCUGCGAAAAGUACAAAUUUGACUUAAUUAUCGAGGAAUUACCUCAAGAACUUCAAUCAAAAACCGAAGUUUCAAAGUUUGGACCCCAGCUAAUGUUCAGAAAGUGGAGACGUGAGACUUGUAUGAAAAUCAUUGAUAGUUUGAGUUCUUCAGAUAGUACUGGUGGAAAUAAGGGAGACCUAAAAAACACUGAACGUGUAAUGAACUUUCCGGAUGAAAACCUGAUAGACUUACACACCAUAAAGACUCCGGAAGAUUUAAUUGGUUUAAAGGGGUUGGUGUUCAUGGCACAUCACUUAAACGACAAUUUUGAGACUCUUUUGCUUAAAAUUUCAAGGGAUACUUCUAUAUUCAAUUUGGGGCUAAUGAGACUAUAUGACAAUCUAGACCACAAAAACUAUUUGCUCGUCAGACCAUUUGUCUCUACAAUAAAAUCAAGAUUAUAUUCCUUCAUGGAGGACAUAAAUGAAAAGUACCACAGAGAUAGUACUAAUGAUGAGUCACACUACGAAAGGAAUAUUUUAAGGAAAAGUGUUAUCCCGUCAAUAGUCGCUGGAAUUGAUGGAAAACACACUGCCUGUUCUGAUGCACUGGACCAAUCCGUGAAUGGAUUCUAUCAAAGCAUUAAUAAUUUAUCUAGAAGGUGUGACACGCUUAAGGAGUCAGUGGAUAAGGAGGUUGAAAUGUACUUUCAUUACAUUAACUCAAAGUACAAAUCCCAACCCGUUCCUUACAGUUCAAACUACACUUCAAAUUCACAUUCCACAGAUGCUGAAAAGGAGUCCUACAGGAUUUUUUACGAGACCUUAUUUAAGAGAACUUAUGGAGAUAAGUUAAACAGUUUCGAGAUAAGGUUCAGGAACAACUUGGCUUAUUUUAACAGGAUUGGACUUAAAUUCCCACGGAUUUUCUCUUUAAAGGAGCUGAACAUUAUACCUAACCAAAUUGUAAAGGAACUGGUUCUCAAAACUUACAUUGAGUAUUUUAAUGGAUCAAGUGUAUCUAACAACAAUGUCCGCUACAUCCUGGAUCAUUUUACUAAAAAUCCAUUCUCACAGUUCAUUAAGCAAUACUGCGUUGGGAACCACUUUUUAGUCCACCAAGGCUACUUUGUCAAUUUUCAAUAUACCCAUUCUGAUUUAUUUCGGAGACCUAAGGUUAAAAAGGGUUCAACGACGUCAGUGGGUCGUGACAACAAGGAUAAUAAUUUAGUGUAUUAUGAUGAAAAUUUAAAUAUAUACAGUCAUCUGGACCAGCUAAAAGUCCAUGUUACUCGAGAAAAUAAUGGACAACAUACUUCUAAAAAUAAUUAUGAAAAUACCAAUGGUAAUGGUUUCGGAAAAUACUAUGUAGAACUGUGUUUGAAGGAAAAGAUGAAGAAAAUAGAUGGGAAUGGGUCUGAGAAUUUAAGUACCACUGAUAAGGACAAUACUAAUGAUAGGAAAAUACACAUUGAUAUAAGAUAUUUGAAUGAAGACGAUGUUGUACCUAGCAUAGGAAUGUGGAAGAACAACGCCCACUCUGUUUUGGCCAAUGCUGAUAUUCAUAAACUCAUCAAAGAUGAGAUACCAGCUUUUGUAAUUUCUGGCACAAACAAAGUUAUAGGCAUAUACGGGAUUAACUUGAGAGCUCCUUAUUUCUGCAAUGGCCAUCAAACUGUCGAGUACGGAUCUGAUCAAAUCACACUACCCCUGAAAUAUAGGAUAACCAUACACUAA